UGAAUCCCACACAUUUGCCCAACCAACCACACAAGUCGUUCGUGUGUGUAUCGUGUAUGUAUGUAUCCAAGGCUCCGUUCCAACCAACCACUUCCGCGAUCCUCUUAACCAUCCAAACAAGCAACCCAACCCAAACCAAACCGCCCAAGAAGCAGGGGGGAGGAGGAGCGAGAGGAAGACGCCGACGCCGACGAUGAAGAGGGAGGGAUUGCAGCACGGCGAGGUCCGGGUCAACCGCAGCAAGCUGCUGCGGAUCGCGGAGGCGGAGGCGGCCAGGGCUGCUGCGGCGGAGGCGGAGCCGGGCGCGGUGGUCAGGGCGCCGUCGAAGCCGACGAACGCGUCGAGGGGCACGGGCAAGUGCCGGCGGCCGCGGUGCGCCGGGUGCCACGAGCACCACCCGACGGGGAAGGCCCGGGACAAGGCGAAAGGGGCGCACAAGCUCCGCGCCUGCGACGUCGCGCUCAACCACCGCCUCGUGUCCUGGCGCGUCGUCGACAGCGCCGGGGCGUGGGCGGCCGGCACGGGCAUCCCGGACUACAAGGGCGCCUCCGCGUCCGCCGUGCUGGCCUACCUCGCCGGGGGGAACAGCUGGCACGAAGAGGAGGACGACGGAGGCGCCUCCCUGGAAGCCGCCCCGCCCGCCAGCGGCGGCGGGCUCUCUGACCUGUACGACCUCAUCGUCGGCCACCACGCCGCCGCCGCCGCGGCCCGCCAAGAACAGGCCUCGGCGCGCACCACUGACAUAGACGUAGCAGACAAGGACGCAAUCGAAGAAGAGGAGCCAAUUCAGGAUGCAGCAGAAGCAGCCGGUGCUGAGGAGGAGGAGGAGGAAGACGACAUGGGCUUCUGCAUGGUGGGGAUCACAAUUGCGCUGGAGUUCUCAGAUGGGGAGGAAGACUGGAUUGUGGUGGAGGAGAUCUGAUCUGAUCCGAUCCGAUCCAAAUCAAGAAUUGCAAAUAAAAGAAUGCAAGGGAGGUUUCAUCCAUCCAAUCCAAUCCAAUCAUCCACUGUGUUGGCUCUGUAUGAUCCCUGUCUCUCCCAUCCAUCUGAUGGUGGUGUGCAUAUUAUUGUUGCUCCAGUCCAAUCGUGUCCAUUGUGUAUAUGGUGACUUUUAAUCGCUUAAUUUAGUUGUGGUCAAUUUGGUCAUGGGUUAUGAUGCAUGAUUCAAAAAACCUAAAUUUAUCUAUCUCAUGUGUGAAUAAAAUGGAGAAGGGAACUCUAUCUUCUUCA